AUGCCCCACUCGCCCCCCAAAUGUGUUAGCCUGUUUUUAUGUGACACAGUUGGCUGGGGAACCGACCAAGGGAUUGGAGGAUUUGGAGAGGAACCAGGAAUUAAAGCACAGCUCAUGAACCUUAUUCGAUCAGUACGAACUGUUAUGAGAGUGCCAUUAAUAGCACUGAACUCCAUUACAAUCGUCCUCCUCCUUUUGUUUGGCUGAAGACACCUGGUGAAAAUCCUCUGGACAUCCAAAGAAGCCAGUUGCUGACCAUCACUGCUCUGAGUUUUCUGGCAUCCAGCACAGUUUAGCUCCCAAUUCGACCUCCAACUUAAAAUAAUAAAGACACUAUUUCUAUUCAUCCUAUUUCCCAAUGUUCCCUUUCAGUUUCACUAACCAAGAUCACGGGGAUCAAUUCAACAAUGCUGCAAAUAUGUUGGACUGUGACAAGUUCUGUUGCUGCCUGUUCAUAGUGUUGAUGUCAUAAAAUACUGCAGUGACUGUUAAUAUAGGAUGCAGUUUGUAAGUGUCUCGUUACUCAGGGAUGAAUUUCCUUCAGUACGCUUUCCAAUUUGUUUUUAAAUUGAGGAAAACAACAGUGUUUUGGUGUGGCUUUUUUUUUUCUUUUUUUUUUUUUUUCUUUUUUUUUAAUUUCAAUUACUACCACAGCACUAUUUCAUGGAAUGUGAACUAGGCUCUGAAAACACGUUAUCGAGAAUUCAAGUUCAUGUUAUAGGGGAUUGAAGUCCAGCUGUGAUAUGGAGAUAAAACCAGCUGGGUUAAAGUUCUCAUUCUGGCUCACAUUGAAAGUUGAAUUUUCCUGGUUUGAUUGAGAACAGGAUUUUUCUCUUCAGAUCUCUUCAGUAGUUCAUGCUGAUGGUGAAGUCAUUUGAAAAUAAAUGCAAUUGCUGUGCAAAA